ACACACAGUCACACUCGGUCUCGGUGUGAGCCAUAAACCCACAUUUCCACCUUUUCUUUCAUAUUGUCUUGUAGUUUCUGACAAUUCUCCUCGGAUCCAAAAUCUUCCAACGAUCGAAUGAAGACGUGAGAGUCUGAGACGAGGGGAGCGCCGGAGAGUCCAUUUCUCUUGAGAUCUGAAUUACAGUUGAAGGAAUCAAGAGACACAAAGAAGAAUUUCCCUUUUUUUCUUUUCUUCUUGACAUUUUCAUUCUUGUGGGAUUUCUUGAUUCAGAUCCGAGGACCUCAUUCCAUUCAGAACGAUGCGGUCCGCUGUCCGAUUUGUGUGCAUCUUCAUUUUCUUCUUCUUGUUCCUCGUCUCCUCCACUUUUGGCAAGUAUCAAGACGAUGAGUCGGUUACUUUAUGGGUAAACAAGGUUGGCCCAUAUAACAAUCCCCAAGAAACCUACAACUAUUACAGCCUCCCAUUUUGCCACCCACCUGGCAGUCCAGCUCACAAGUGGGGUGGCCUUGGUGAGGUUCUUGGAGGGAAUGAGCUUAUUGACAGCCAACUCGAAAUAAAAUUUAAGAGAGAUGUGGAGAGGACUACAAUCUGUGAAAUUGAACUGGAAGCAGCGAAGGUUAAACAGUUUAAGGAUGCAAUUGACAAUUCAUACUGGUUUGAAUUUUUUAUGGAUGAUUUGCCAUUGUGGGGUUUUGUUGGUGAGGUGCUUCCUGAUAGAGCCAAUGAUAAUAAGCAUGUACUUUGGACACACAAGAAUCUUGUCAUUAACUACAAUGGGAACCAAAUUAUUCAUGUAAAUCUUACUCAAGAAAAUCCUAAGACACUUGAAGAAGGGCGAGUGUUGGAUAUGACUUACUCUGUCAAAUGGGUUCCAACUAACAUUACGUUUGCACGCCGUUUCGAUGUUUAUCUGGACUACCCCUUUUUUGAGCACCAGAUUCACUGGUUCUCUGUCUUUAAUUCUUUCAUGAUGGUAAUCUUCCUUACUGGUUUGGUGUCUAUGAUAUUAAUGCGCACCCUCCGCAAUGACUAUGCUAAAUAUGCCCGAGAAGAUGAUGAUCUGGAGACUCUGGAACGGGAUGUGAAUGAAGAAUCUGGUUGGAAACUUGUCCAUGGUGAUGUGUUCCGGCCCUCUCAAAAUCUGGCUCUACUUUCGGCUGUUGUUGGAACUGGUGCUCAGCUAGCAACACUUGUUCUGCUUGUCAUCAUUUUAGCAAUUGUCGGAAUGUUGUACAUAGGGAGAGGAGCAAUUGUCACAACCUUCAUUGUCUGUUAUGCUUUUACAUCAUUUAUAGCUGGUUAUGUGAGUGGUGGCAUGUAUUCCCGGAACGGGGGUAAAUCGUGGAUAAAGUCAAUGAUCCUCACAGCAUCACUUUUCCCUUUCAUGUGCUUUGGUAUUGGCUUCAUCUUAAAUACGAUUGCCAUAUUUUAUGGUUCUCUGGCUGCCAUUCCCUUUGGUACGAUGGUGGUUGUUUUUAUCAUAUGGGCUUUUAUAUCUUUUCCACUGGCACUUCUUGGAACUGUUGUUGGAAGAAACUGGAGUGGUGCACCAAACAAUCCUUGCCGAGUGAAGACCAUCCCUCGUCCAAUUCCCGAGAAGAAAUGGUAUCUCACACCUUCUGUUAUCUCUCUAAUGGGAGGUCUGCUUCCUUUUGGAAGCAUUUUUAUCGAAAUGUAUUUUGUCUUCACUUCCUUCUGGAAUUACAAGGUUUACUAUGUGUACGGCUUCAUGCUACUUGUGUUUGUGAUUCUAAUCAUUGUCACCGUUUGUGUCACAAUUGUGGGGACAUAUUUCUUGCUGAAUGCUGAGAACUAUCACUGGCAAUGGACUUCAUUCUUCUCUGCUGCCUCCACUGCUCUUUAUGUCUACCUCUAUUCCAUAUAUUACUAUCAUGUCAAGACUAAGAUGUCAGGCUUUUUCCAAACCAGCUUUUACUUUGGAUACACUUUGAUGUUCUGUCUUGGUUUGGGAAUACUAUGUGGUGCUGUUGGGUACCUGGGCUCGAACUUGUUUGUCAGGAGAAUUUACAGAAACAUCAAAUGUGACUGAGUUCCAGAAGAUACGAGGUGCUUUGAUUUGGUUUUGAAUGAAGUAAUGCCAAUCUGGAGGGAAGGAACAACCAGCUCUUGAGCCUCCAAAAGUACAGGAUCUCUUUGCGGCCAUGGCAUGAGAGAUGUUGAAACUUGGCUGGAGGUUUGGAAUGUGAACCAGGAUACUCCACUUACCUUUACUCCUGUUUACAUCUGCUCAAGAACAUGCUGAGAAAUCUUUGUAGCCUGUAAAUUUUGUUGCAUAGGUAUUUGUUACCUCACUUUGUUUCAUUCAUAUAGGACCUGGCAAUAGUUGAUUUUUCUUCUGAAAUUCUGAACAAUUUUCUGCAAGAGUGCCGAAAAAUCUGUCUAGUAUCCGUUUCAAUUUUUUCCCAUGAAUUAAAUGAUCUUUAGACCAAAGAUACUGCUCUAUUCCAA